UUGAAUGUCCCACCCUCCCUUGCUGGCUGAUCCGCCCCUGAUUGCAGGGGGCAGCUGCUUGGGAGGGCUGGGGGCUGAAUGCAGGGAAAGGGGUGUUUGGCUAUUGGGGCGCUGGGCUGUCAAUCACCUUCGCUCCGUUCCACCCCGUGCGCUGACUGUCUCUGGGCUACGCCGUUACAGGUGGCUGCCAUCUGCGCUUACCCAGAGCUGCUGCAUGCUGACUCCAUGCCACGGGACGCCAAGCAGCGAGCCAGCCGCAUCCUGCAGGAGCUGCACAGCUCCAGUGCCGGGGCGUAUAACAUGGAGUACGUCACCACCGCUGUCCCCCAGAGGGUGGCCCGCUACCUAGAGAGGAGAGACGGGGGCAUCCGCUGCGACCCCAGGAACAUCGUCAUGUGCGGGGGCAUCACCACGGCCAUAGUGGUGAGUCCAGCGUGAACCAAAUCCAGCCUG